UUCAUAUUAAUACUUGCUCAAACGAUAUAACUAUUUAUUACAUACUUAAUAAUUUUCGCCGAUUUUAUUGGUUGGAUCCUAUACACGUGAUCAGUCCUCAAAAACUUUUAUACACCGGUUUUCGGAUGAAUAUUUAUUUUUAAAUAUCGCCUUUAGGGGGCUCUCCUACAUCUUUGCAGUAGCGCAUGUGUGUUAGACUACAUGCCACCAGUCAGUUAGAUGAAAGCAAAAAAGAUGGCAACCGGUGAACGUUUUGCCUCUGUAACAAAUGCAAAUUUUCAGAAACUUCUUGCAGAUAAAGACUCAGUCAAUACAAAAAAGGCUACCGAACACGCAGUGCGCGUCUUCCUUGCAUAUUUAAAGGAAAAGAGUCUUGAUACUGGCUUUGAAUACUACGAUACUGAUCUGUUAGAUUCAACCUUAGCCAAAUUUUACACGGAAGCCCGCUCAAGUAAAGGUAAACUAUACAAAAAGUCCACUCUCACAUCAAUAAGACACGGAUUGAAUAGACAUUUGAGUGAAUUUGAUAUAAUAAAUGGCGUAGAAUUUUCCAAGUCAAAACGAGCGUUCCAAGCCAUGUUAGUUGAACUAAAAAGGCAGGGCCUUGGAGGCAUUGAACAUCACCCACCAAUUGACAAAGUUGAUUUGGAAAAAUUGUACUCUUCCUUCAUACUCAACGAUCAUGAGUCAUUACAAUGCAAAGUAUUUGUGGACAUAAUGUUACACUUUGGUCGCCGUGGGAGGGAAAAUAUUAGGGAUCUAAAGAAGUCUGACUUCGCUACAACCACAGACGCUGAAGGAUGGAGAUAUAUCUAUCUCACUAAAGAUGAGCUGACGAAAAACCACCAAGCAGACACAAACACAGCACAGGGCAGAAUGUAUGAAAUCAAAGAUGAAAGCAGGUGUCCUGUGAAAUCUUUGGUGAUGUAUGUGAAGAUACUGCCUCCUGGAUACCCUUACCUUUUCCCCAAAGUGAGAAGGACUCCAAACCAGGCUGGAUAUUUUUUCGACAACACCCCAAUGGGACAUAACAAGCUCGGCGCACUUAUGACAACUUUGAGCACAAAAUACAGAUUAUCUCGCAAGUAUACUAAUCAUAGUUUACGGGCUACGGCUGUCCACCUUUUAGAUUCUGCACAAGUUCCAAGCCGUCAUAUAAUGACCGUCACUGGCCAUAAGUCCGAGCAGAGCUUGAAAACUUACACCGGAUAUACGGAUGUAAACACAAAAAGGUACAUGUCACACACCAUAAGUCGGGGAAUUGGCCUGAGUUUAGAUGAGCCAAUGGCAGAGUUGAAGAAGUAUGCGUCUGAUGUUGCCGAAACUCAAAUUCCGAGUACCAAAAGCGACGUUAUAAAUCAUUUAGGAAACUGUCUUGUGCAGCCUCCGCCUAAUUCGCAAGUGAACACCUUACUCGACGAAUUCGACAAUGGUGAAUCCAACGAAAUUGCCGUAAGUGCAGUUUUAGAUGCUGAAAUGAGUGAGGUGAAGCCAUGUGUUAGUGGUUUACCAAACCAGAGCAAUGUCACCAACCAUGUACCCAAUGUUCUGGGUUACAGUGAAUUUUGUAUUCCAAACUUCCAGUGGCCAAUUAUAUCUGGUCAAAAUGCACAGGUCACCAUCAACUAUAACAGUUUCCCUGCUAUAUAA